AUGUCCCCCAAAUCCAAACUCAUCGCUAUCGUUGCUGGUGUUGGUCCCGGAACCGGCGCCUCCGUCGCCCGCAAAUUCAGCCAAACCUACCCCGUCGUGCUCCUCGCCCGCACCCCCGAAUCCUUCUCUUCUCUCGCCGAGGAAAUAAACGCCUCCGGCGGUCACGCCCUCGGCAUCGCCACAGACGUGUCCUCUUCGUCCAGCCUGUCUUCUGCCGCCAGCGCGAUCAAGAAGGAGUUUGGACAGGACGUCGCAGCCGCAGCAGCAAUUUUCAACGCUUCUGGUGCGUUUAUGCGGAAGCCGUUUUUGGAGAUUCCGAGCGAGACUUUUGAGAAGAGUUUGGGUGUUAGUGGUAUGGGUGGAGUGCUGUUUUCGCAGACUUUCUUGCCGUUGUUGUUGAAGGGUGUGGAGAAGGGGUCUGAAUAUCCGCCUAGUCUGAUUUUUACGGGCGCGACGGCGAGUGUAAAGAGUAAUGCGAUGAUGGCGAGUUUUUCGACGGGGAAGUGGGCGUUGAGGGCGUUGAGUCAGAGUUUGGCGAGGGAGUUUGGACCGCAGGGUGUGCAUGUUGCGCAUGCAAUUAUUGAUGGGGUGAUUGAUAUUCCGAGGACGAAGGAGUGGUUGAAGGAUAUGCCUAAGGAGGCCAAGUUGAGCGCUGAUGCUAUUGCGAACGAUUACUGGUGGUUGCAUACCCAGCCAAAGACGAACUUUACCUGGGAGAUUGAUCUUAGGCCGGCGGUUGAGAAGUGUUACCAAGACGAAGCGCGUAUCGGAUCGAUUACCGAACACAUCACCACUAUCAACAACAUGUCUGGCCUCGGCAGCUCCCGCUGGUCGUCAAAACCGACAUCAAAGUCGUCUGAAGGUGGAGGGAAGACUCCCGACGAGCCCAAACACAUCGCCGUCCCGUCCUUUGGGUUCACGAUGCCUUCUUUCACCAAGAAGUCGGCUACCGUCGCAUCGUCUCCUAUCGUCUCAUCUUCGACAGAGGCCAAAGUGGUCGAGAUGAAAAAGCCCGCGGUCAAGGUCGAUGAAGCUCCUUCUCAAGAGCUCAUCAAAGUCAAGACUGGUAAACCGCAGUCCAAAGUCACCGCCGCUAUCCAGGCAACUCGAGACCGGAUGGCCAAGUUCGUGGGCCUACGUCGUCAAGAUCGCCCUUCAACGGCAAAUGCGACGAUUGGACGUGGUCCAAGCGCAUCGUACGGAGGAUACACCAGGAGGGGAUAG